CCUCCCGCUCCUUCCCCCAGCGGGCCGGCGGCGAGCGGAGCGGCGGCGGCUGCACACACCGAGCCCGGCCCGGAGGCCCAGCAGGUAGGCGGGAACCGAGCCGCUCGUCUCCCGACGAGAAGGAGAAAAGGCAGGACAGAGGCAUGAAACCACCGCUGAAACACGGCGGAGCGCGGUGAGGGCUCCCGUAGGAAGCGUGUCCCUUCCCGGUGGCCGUACGCCGCUCCACACACACACCCCCCCGGGGGUGGGCCUUCUGCCGUUCCCGCCUAAACCUUGAGGACGGGGCCUGGAAGGGAGGUCGAGGCCCCGCGGCCAUGAAGCCGCUGCGGCUGCUGUGCCGCCACAAGACGGCCCUGGGCUUAGGUGGGCUCUCGGUCUUCGCCGUGGUCCUGCUCUACCUGGCUAAGUGCACCUCCGAGGGCCUCCGUCCUCUGCCAGCCCCCCGCGGGCUCCCGCACAACCAGCCCGCGGCCCUGUCUCCGCGGGGUGCCCGUGGCCCGCACCCCCCCGCAGCCCCGCCGUCCUCCCCUCAGGAGAGCGCCUUCGUGGCCGUGCUCAUCACCAGCGGGCCUAAGUACAGCGAGCGGCGCAGCAUCAUCCGCAGCACAUGGCUCUCGGCCGUCGGGCGCCCACCUCACGAUGAUGUCUGGAGCCGCUUUGUCAUCGGCACAGCGGGGCUCGGAGCAGAGGAGCUCCGUAGCCUGGAGCUGGAGCAGAGCCGGCACAGAGAUCUCCUUCUCCUGCCGGAGCUGCGGGAUUCCUACGAGAACCUGACUGCUAAAGUCCUGGCCACGUACGUCUGGCUGGAUCUGCACCUGGACUUUCAGUUUGCCCUGAAGGCCGAUGACGAUACCUUUGUCCGCUUGGAUGUGCUUGUAGAAGAGCUGAGAGCUAAGGAACCACGUCGCCUCUAUUGGGGCUUCUUUUCCGGCCGUGGUCGCGUGAAAUCUGGUGGCAAAUGGAAAGAGAGUGCCUGGGUGCUCUGUGACUACUACCUGCCCUAUGCUCUGGGUGGUGGCUAUGUGAUUUCUGCCGACCUGGUGCACUACUUACAUAUUAGCAGGGACUACCUGAACAUGUGGCAGAGUGAGGAUGUCUCCCUGGGCGUGUGGCUGGCUCCCAUUGAUGUGAAGAGAGUGCACGACCCUCGUUUUGACACUGAGUAUAAGUCACGAGGUUGCAACAAUAAGUACAUAGUAACUCAUAAGCAAAGCAUCGAGGACAUGCUGGAAAAGCACCAGACCCUGGCUAAAGAAGGAAAGCUCUGUAAGGAGGAGGUUAAGCUCAGGCUUUCCUACAUGUAUGACUGGGGAGUGCCUCCUUCACAGUGUUGCCAAAGGAAGGAUGGCAUCCCAUGAAAGUCUGAGGAAGGAAAAGGCAGAAUGUUGGUGGACUCUUGGUUACUGUUGAGGAGAAUCCCAGUAACUAGGGCUUAAAGAUUACUCAAAAGAUUUUGCACGUUUCAUUAUGUCACAAUCAAUGAAACCCUGAAACUCCUAAGAGCUACUGAUGUGGGAUGAUGCAGAGAUGCUUAAAAGAAAAAAGAAAUAGAUGACAAAAGGCAUGGAAAGGCUCAGAUAACAGGAUUGAAGGCAAGUAACAGGUUGCAAAAUCUGCGUAGUACAGAAAGUGGGGGGGAAUAUAACUCAAAUGAAAAGUUGCUGGAAGAUUUUUAAUGGAUUCUAAGAUUUAUUUGCUAAAGAUCAUGACUGGCCUUUAUGCUGGCUAUAAGACUGUCAAACUAGCAUCUGCUGUUUAUUUCUUGGCAAGGAAGAAGUGGCAGUUUGGCAAGGUUUGAAGGUUCUAGUGGGGCUGCAAAUCAGCUGCUAAUGCCUGUGGGAGCAGGUGGCUGGUGAUUGACCCAAGCAGUCAAGUGAAGGGAGCAAUUUUAUGCAGCAUAUUUGUGUUAAGGGAGGGAGAGAGCCUCUUUCUCUGGCCAGUGUUCCAGUUUACAAGAAUGGCAUUAUUAGACCUGUGUAACUUGUCUCUAAGCUUUUUGUUGUUUUAAAGAAAUCGUGUAUAUAAAUUACCUGGCAGCUACAGGGUAAGUCAGUAGUUAGGAAGGUGGAUGAGUUAUGGUAUUUGGCAGAUAUAGAAUAUAUUAUUUUGGGGGCAAAUAGUUAUGCUGUGAAGCUAGCCUUCAGUUGUUAGGCAUAGGUGUUGUUUUUUGCUUAUCCUCCAAACACCCUGUGUAUGAAGAAACAUUUCCUCUCCCACCAGUAAGUAAUAUCACUGAUGUCUGCACCGUCAGACAUUGUAGGCUUCAGCUUUAUAUUGUUCUGGGUUACUUUUGUAAAAUGUAAAUUAGCAGGAUUAGAUCAGUGGGAGCUAUUCAGAGUUCAAGCAGGAUUGCCCUGACAUGGGUACUGCAGCUAAGAAAGUAAACUCUGUGUGUGGUCAAGAGAAAUUGGUUCUUCCACCACCCAAAUUCUUGUUUGGGGAGAACCUUGUCUCUCUUUUCAGGAGAUACAUUGCAAUCUAAGGAGACUAAUCCAACAACAGUCACCAGUAGAUGCUCAAAGCUCUAUGAAUUCCCUCCUUCUCUCCAACCCCUCCAAACUCUCCAACUUUUAGUGGAACUAAAAAUAAUAUUGCAGGAGCUCUGAGUUAAGUGCUCAAGUGACAGGUCAGUAAAUGGGAUCACGACCCUGAGACCUGUCUACACUACAAGUCAUUCUUGUACUGACAGAGCUGGUUGGUAUCAGAUCCGGUACUGGGCAGUAAAUGCAGACAGGACAAUCACACAAUCUCACCAUGUUACUUAUCUUCAAACCCUGUUUCUCAUUCAAACAUUUGAGUGGCAGGUGCUCUAACACACAGAAAUCCUUUUUUUCCAGCACUAGUACAGAGCUACUGACUUCCAGUAACCUUUGUCAGCAUCAGAUCUUUCAGUGUAAGCAGAGUUUUCACUUUUAUGCCUGAAGGGCAUUCUUAAUCAUCAGUUUUACUGUUCGUUGCACACUGCACUUUGAUACAAUUCCAUUUCCUUCUCCCCCAAGGUCAGUGUCUGCUCCUACCUGCAGGAAGACACUAAUUGCAGAGUAAUUAAAAGAAAGAAAAGGGGUGCUAAUAUCUCUCUAAUAAAUUAGCAAUUCGUACCAAAGGAAUCAAGUAUGAGGGGGUUUUGUUACUCUUGUUUUAAUCCAAUAAUUGAUGAUUAGGGGAAGUUUUCUGCAGAGGAUAAUUCUCCGUUGCAAAUUGAAACAAAUCUUUGACUUUCACCUAAUACAAAUUAAGAUACUGAAAAAGAAAGUAAAUUAUUUUAGCAUGUGUCCAUUCUAAUGCAUGCUUCUGUAUUGAACUAGGCAGAUGUGCUUUGCAGCAAGGUAUGCUAUUCCAAAACAAGAGUUUAACAAGAUUACAGGAAACUUCAAUUGAUUUUGAGCAUUAAGAACAAAAAGACCUAUUUGCCAUUUGGGGUUCAUUAGUAUUGUGUGUCUAUAUAUGUGAUUAAAUGUUUGUAACAUGAGUAUUUAUUUAUAAUUAUUGAAAAUGUAUUCUGUAUAGGAAAAAUAAGAUAGAGAAAUGUAAUUUUAAAUUGAAGGAGGUACUGUAACGUCCAGGAGUUUUACAUAUCAAGCAGUGCUUGAAUUUAUUGGUGUACAAGCCAUUUAAAGUACUGGGAUCUGAACUGCAGAUCAGAGUCUGCUGCAUGUGUCUGGAGCUAGUAGAAUGUACUGUUUCUCCAUUUCCAUCAAGAACUGUGCUCACAGAAGCUGUUUACAUCGUUGACUUUGACUCUCCUAACCCACAACUCUCAUCUUCACUCCUCAGAGAAAGAAGUGUUUUUCAUUGCUAGCAAAAUUCAUGGGAGAGAAAUGCUGGAUCUCCAGCUGAUAUUAGACACCAUGGAAAACACACUGCAUAUGAAUACUUACUAGUUAAGGAAUUCUUUUAUGUCAGAACUAGUGUGCACCGUAAAAUGUAUAGCUGAUCUCAACAGCAGCACAGCACAUCGCUUCCCCCGUGCACAGCUCAGAAGUGAUGGGGACCACUCUUACAUCUUGGUCUGACACAGCUGCGUUACACCAUUUUCUGCUUAAGGUUACCCAUGUUUUGCUCUAGUUCACACCUGAACUCAUGGAGUGGUUUGGGUUGGAAGGGGCCUUAAAGCUCAUCCAGUUCCAACCCCCUGCCAUGGGCAGGGACACCUUCCACUAGAGCAGGUUGCUCCAAGCCCCUGUGUCCAACCUGGCCUUGAACACUGCCAGGGAUGGGGCAGCUUCUCUGGGCACCCUGUGCCAGCGCCUCAGCAACCUCACAGGGAAGAGCUUCUGCCUAAGAGCUCAUGUCAAUCUUCCUUCUGGCAGGUUAAAGCCAUUCCCCUUGUCCUGUCACUACUUCCUCUUACAAAAAGUUGCAAAACACAUUGACAUGGAAGACAUGACAGAUUCUUGUCCUUUGGUAAAUGGCUUUCAUUUUCUAAGCAGCUCCCUUACUGCAAACCUAGCACUUAGAUUUCAAUCCCACUCAAUUGAGAAAUUCCUCAAAAGUAAACAUUUAAGUUUUUAGACUGUUUUCUAUGUUAAAAAUAAAUUGAAACAUUUGGGAGAGAGCAGAUACCCCACAUGGAAAAACCCUGAAAAACAUCAACUGCUACAGGAUUAUUUUUUAUAUAUUUUACUAGCAAGAAUUUGCAUGUGAAAGACCUAUGAAUGUUAUUUUGGGGAAUCAAGAAACAUCUGUGUAUUGCAUGAGCGAGUCUCUGAAGUUUGAAAACAAGGUUUCAGUCCAAAAUUCAUUUCUGAGCCCAUUUUUCCUAAAGCAAAAUCUAAAGCACAUUUUGAACAACAGAUGUGUAGAGUAUUAAAGGCUGUGUUCAUAUCUGCUCAGCACUAGGUUCCAUGCUUCCUGAUAGUAUCUCAGAAGUUUAAUAUAUGAUGUUUUUAUACUUGAAAACAAUCUUUGUCUCUCUUGAAAGUCAGGGGAGGAGCCUGACUUCAGUGGGUCCAGCAGUUGAAGGGGUAUUUAAAUGCUGCUGAGAAAUAAGCAGGUUUUGGUCUUCAUAGCAGCUAUAUUAGACUGGAAAGUUGUCUUGUGGGCCUUUAGUGAAAACAGAUUAUCCAGGUUAGUGAUAUGUUGGGCUUUUUAAUAUUUCUUUAAAUAGUGUUUUUUCUGGUUUCCAAGUUUUCCCUUCAGAAAUACUUUGCAUUUUUAAUAUUAUUGUUAGUAUGUGGAAAAAUUGUCACUUUGGCUUUUCUAGAGGUCAGUGUGUUACAUAAGGUAAGCUUAUAUAGACUUGACACAGUUGCCUGUGUUGGCAUCCAUUCAGGACUGCCAGUGAGUUGAUCUGUAACACUCCUUUUGUCAUCAUUUACACAUUUAUCAUUCUACAAAGCUGGUAGAUACAAUAGAGAAGUUAAUGGUUCAUGACAUGCCUUUGCUGUGAUCAUAUCUAAGAUUUGAUACUGAAAUAUUUAAAGCUGACAAUGGCAUAAACUCAACUAGGAAGUUGAUUUGAUUUUCCAGUGAUUUUAAUGUUUUAUGUGUAACAUGACUGUGUGUAAAAAUAAGCAGCUAAACCAUGAAUUGCCAUAGUAAAUAGACAAACAGUUCCACUCAAACCCUCAAGCUUCCAAGAAUUCCUGUAGUCAGUUAAAGAUUUAAAAAGCCAAACCCAAUUAGAAAUGACUAUUCCUGUAGGCACUUUCCUUUCUGAAUGUCUAGCCUUGUUCAUGGGAAGUUUGCUCCAAUACAGCUUCUGUGUGUCGUACUUUUAACAAACAUUCCACUUGCUGGAGUUGAAAUGCCUCAUUUUUCUGCACUUACAUUUGUAUUUCAUACCUGUUAAUGUUAAUAUUUUGGGGGCCAAGAUGUGAGCUUUGCAGCAAAAAGCGCAGCAGCAUGGGAAGGCCAUUUAAGAGUUGCUUUUCUAUUAGUUUCUGUCCAUCUCAGCUCCUGCAUUAGAGCUGAAAUAUGGUUUUGAUAUUGCUCUGUUCUUGACGAACUGUCAACACCUUCACCACUGAACACUCUGCCUGUGAGACUCAAAUCUCUUGCUACAUCAACCUGUGUAAGAUAUGCUUUUACCUUGGAACUGGAACUGCUUUAUGCCAACAUAAUACACCAGUUAUUCCUUUCUAAUGCUAUUUACUUAAUGUCUAGUCAAACUUGGAAACAGAUUCACUUGGUACUUGUUGCCUGUUUGAAGCUGAAGGAUACUACAUCCAUGUGCCUUUAUGAAGCAGAAGUAGCACGGGGUACUGUGCUGAGUAUGUUUUAAACAGUUGAAUGAAAUUGCACAUUUUUUGCAGCCACAACUUUACCAUUUGGGGAUGGAGUGUGGCACACUGCUGAGCAUUUCCAUAGGAAAUCAACUGCUAGAAACCUGAAGCUCUCUGUGAUGAUGAAAACUGUUGGUAAUUGCCUAAGCGUGUUGUGUAUGUAUUUAUGUCCUUUCCUGUAUGCCUUUAUUGGCCAAAGGAUCUGUGUGCUGUGAUUUUUAAUAAAAGACUUUUGCUGUAUA